UGUUUUUACAAAAACGCUAUAGUACAACACUCAUGUAAAUAUUCAAUAUCGUCCGAGCACGUUGUGUUUUUAUAAAUAUUUUUAAAUUUUUACAAGUGCAUAUAAAUAAAGAUAUUUAUUAAUAUAAAAAAUGUCUGAAGAAAUUAAGGAAGAAAAAACAAAGCCAAAAAAUAGUCGUUAUUUUAUUGAUCCUGUAUUAGAAGAAGACGUGGAAAAAAUAAAACAUAAACCAAAAAAUCAACAAGAAUUUCAAGGCGAGUUUAUACAAGUAGACGAAAAAACACCAAAACGUCUUCCAUAUCAUCUGAAGCGUAAGGGAAAGAACAACAAAGAUGCUGGCCACCAUCUUAAAGACAAGAAACCAAAAAUACCAAAAGAACUACUACGCAAAUAUGAGCGCGGCGAAAAAGUGGAAGAGGAUGGCAUUAAGACCAAAUUCUUUAAGCAAAAACAACAACGUAAGGAAGUGUAUUUAGAAUAUGCUACAGAACAAGCUGCACGAACUGAGCUACUGUUGACUGAACAACAAGGUUUUAUUGAAGCCGAUGAAGGUGAAGUGACAGCAGACUAUAGACAAGAGGAAAUUGCCGCCAAUGUUGAUAUACAAUCGGCAGCGAAAUUGUUCAAAUUGAAUUUAGAUUUUGGACCUUAUACUAUGCGAUAUUCUAAAAAUGGUAGGCACUUGUUGCUGGGUGGACGCAAAGGUCAUGUAGCAGCUUUCGAUUGGAUAACGAAAAAGUUACAUUGCGAAAUGAAUGUAAUGGAAGAGGUGGCCGAAGUUAGUUUUUUACAUGUUCACACAAUGUUCGCUUGCGCCCAAAAAGAUCAUGUUUAUAUAUAUGAUAAUCAGGGCACCGAAUUGCAUUGUAUCAAAAGAAUGUAUCGCGUUAAUCGUAUGGAAUUCCUACCGUAUCAUUUUCUAUUGGCUACUGGGAAUAAGGAUGGUUAUGUAUCCUGGUUAGACGUAUCUGUGGGUGAGCUUGUGGGUAACUAUAACACAAAAUUGGGAGAUAUACGUAUAAUGCGGCAAAAUCCAGGAAAUGGUGUACUUUGCAUUGGCGGUGGAAAAGGUGUCGUCUCAAUGUGGUCACCCAAAGUACGAGAACCUUUAGCAAAAUUAUUGUGUCAUUCAACACCAAUGUCAGCUCUGGCUAUUGAUCAAAAAGGGCAACAUUUAGUGACGGCAGGUUUAGACCGUAAGGUAAAAGUGUGGGAUAUACGAGCCUUAAGUGGACCUUUAGCAGAAUAUCAUUUACGUUUGCCAGCAAAUCAUGUGGAUGUCUCACAAAGGGGCGCAUUAGCUAUAUGUCAAGGCAACUAUACCGAAAUAUACAACAAUUUAAUUAUGGGCGAGAAAACAAGCCGCCCCUAUCUGCGCAAGAAUUGUGGUUCAUUUAUUCACGGCAUGCGUUUUUGUCCAUAUGAAGAUAUUUUGGGAGUUUCCACAGCUCAAGGUUUCCAAUCUCUGUUGGUACCUGGUUCGGGUGAGCCUAACUACGAUGCUUUAGAGGAUAAUCCAAUGCAGACGCGUUCACAACGUCGUGAACAUGAAGUACACGCUCUGUUAGAGAAAAUACCCGCAGAACUUAUAACAUUAGAUCCGAAUGAGAUUGCUACUGUUGAUGCUCCCACAUUACAAGAGAAAAUCGAUGCUAAACGUUCGAUAUUCUUUGUUAAACCACCAGAAAUUCAAUUUAAUUCUAGACACAAAAUGAAAGGCAAAGGUGGAAGUGCGAAGGCAUCUCGCAAUAAACAAAUUGUUAAGGAUCAGAAGAGAAAGGAAUUCAUACAAAAUGUUCGCGAAACAAAACAAAACAUCAUUAAAUCUCAUAAAGUUGAUGAUGGUGAUGACUUUAUACCUUUGGAAAGUGAAACAAAACCCAGUGUAUUGGAUCGUUUUAAGCCCAAAGCUCUUAAGAAGAAAUCAUAGUUUUAUAAAUCAAGUUAACAUUUUAGUUAUACAGUAUGUAAUUAUAAUUUUUAUUAAUAUAAAAUACCUACAAUAAAGAAUAUUGUAAAAAUGUU